CCACCCUGCCUGCUGAAACCUGGCCUUCGGCCGCCCCCGUCCGUCCCGUCCCGUCCCGGGGCCGCCCCGGGGUGCCAGCCACCCUGCUCUCCCGCCCCUUCCUUGCCGCCGGCGUCUUGCGUCCGGGGGGCGGCCCGCGUGUCCGCCCGCGCGUUACCUCUGCCGGGGGCUGAGCAGCGGGAGCCGCCGGCCGCGCUGCCCCCAGCCCCCGGGGGCCGGGCCCGGCCGCCCGCCCGCCGGCCCCGCGCUCCUGGUGCCGGGGCUGCGCCGGGCUCCGGCCCUCCCCGUGCGCGCCGUCGCGGGCCCGGCCGGGGCGCCUCACCUCGCAGGCAGGUGAUUGGCCAGGCGGGCUCGGCAUCACGGCGGAGGGGGGCCCCGCGGCUCAGCCCCUCGCCCGGCUGCGGGAGCCUGGAGCCCCAGCGCCAGCCGCGUGCGGGCGUCUCCGGCAGCGGCCGCUUCCCCGAGCCCCUCCGGGCCAUGCCCCCGGCCUGCCCCCCGAUGGCCGGCCGCCUCGCCUGCUGCCUCUUGCUGGGGCUGCUGGGCCGCGGGGGCUGCCACGCGCUGCCUGCCCGGGAGGAGCCCCGCGCCCCGGACUUCUCGCCCGCCGGCACCCACCCCCGAGGGGACGCGGCGCUGGGCGGCAUCGCGCGGGACGUGGUAGCUGUCCACAUGCUUAAACUGUACGAGAGGUACAACCGGGAGGGCAGCCGGCCGGGGGACGGCAACACGGUCCGCAGCUUCCGCGCCAGGCUGGAACUUUUAUCCCAGAAACCUCUAUACUGCUUCAAUCUGACGUCAAUGCAGGAUUCAGAGAUGAUCCUUGCUGCCACAUUUCACUUUUAUUCUGACAAACGCCCCCGCCAUCAAGAGGUGUUCUGCAAGCGGUCCAAGAACUCAUCUUGUCGCCUCCUCCACUUGCCCCAGAUCCCACGGCUCAACCUUAUUUUCCGAAGCAUCCCCCAGAACUCUGCCUAUGGGCUAGUCAAAGGGAAUGUGACUGUGUUUCCCCAAAGGCGGGGGUCAUGGCAAGUGAAGGACAUCUCACACAUCAUAAAUGAAUCAAAGCUGGCUGGUGAACUUAUUCUCUGUGCAGAACUUGACUCUGGAGAGAAAUACCAGGGAAUACCUGAGCAGGUUGCUCGCCAUUUUCCAUACAUACUUGUUUAUGCCAAUGAUUUAGCAAUAGCUGAACCUAACAGUGUGGCAGUCACCCUCCAACGAUAUGACCCUUUCCCUUCCAGUGAUGGAGAUCCAAGCCUGUCUCCCAAUGCUUCCUCAGACACACGUGUGAGGAGGGACACAUACCUUUCCAGCUCGAUCCAGAACAAUGAGUUGCCUGAGGUGGAAUAUAUCAACAAUGAUUACAAUAAACAUGACAUAUGGGAAAGUGCCUACAAGUCCCUAAAACCAAGAACCUCACGUAAGGAUCGCAGGAGGAAAGGGCAUGAAAAUACUGAAACACUCACAAAAUCUCAGAUGCUAAAUUUUGAUGAGAAAACAAUGAAGAAAGCAAGACGGAAACAAUGGAAUGAGCCUAGGAUUUGCUCUAGAAGAUACAUGAAAGUUGACUUUGCUGAUAUUGGCUGGAAUGAAUGGAUCAUAUCUCCCAAAUCAUUUGAUGCCUAUUACUGUGCAGGGGCUUGUGAAUUUCCAAUGCCCAAGAUUGUCCGGCCAUCGAAUCAUGCUACAAUCCAGAGCAUUGUAAAAGCAGUAGGAAUCAUUCCAGGCAUUCCAGAACCCUGCUGCGUUCCUGACAAAAUGAACUCCCUCAGCGUCCUGUUCUUAGACGAAAACAAAAACGUCGUUUUAAAGGUAUAUCCCAAUAUGUCUGUUGAGACCUGUGCCUGCCGAUAAGUCUUUACAAAUAAACCUUCAAUACAACCAACACAUUCUGCUUGACUACACUGGGAAAGUUGUGAAUGGGAAAUGACUUAGAUUGUGUUUGUGAAUGAAUCCAAACCCACAUCUCCUUCUACAGAAAGAAUGCAGAGACACUAUAGCAGCACACGUGCUCACCUCUAAGGACCUUAAAUUUCAUCAUUUGUCUUGUAAUGUAACAAUGAUUCACCUUCCAGAAAUCCCAGACUUUUCAAAUCUAUUUUAACCCAUCUAGCUAAGAAAUCUGAUCGUUUUUACUUAAGUUUACCGUAACUGGAGGACUAAAAUACAUUUUUAUAUACUAUUUUCCUGGCUAUUUUACUUUUCAGCUAACCAAGAAGAUGGGAACGGACUUUGCAAAAGCAAGAGUAUUUUAGAAUAUUGCUUUUUUACACAAAUCAAAUCUUUUUGCCUAAAAUUCAUACCUUUAGUCCACAUAUUUAUACUGAAAAAAUGCUGUAAUAAAAGGGCUUAAUAUACAUAUUUUUCUUCAGGAUUCAAAUGUAGUGCACUGUAUAAGCUUUUAUAUAUUCAGUAUAUUAAUAUAACUAUUUUUGGUUACCUUUCCAUAAUAUAUACUUUGUUUUACAAAAGAUGUAACACUAUCCCACCGUCAUUUCUGUGCUGGUUAAUUUCAGGUUCUUAAACAUAUGUAUUCUCUGAAUAACACAUACUAUAUAGUAAUAUGUUUAAAUACUAAAAAAUAACCAAGAUUUAUAUUUUUGUAAAUUAUACUUUAUAUCCUUUAGGUUGCUUUUAACAAAAGCUAAUAAAUUAAGGUACAGUAGUAUUUAAAAA